CCGUCAGUUGUCUGUCAAAAAAAGUUGUGAAUCGUAACUUUUUGUGAAAUAAUUUCUGUUAUUGUAUUUCUCGUGUUGUAUUCACACGAUUUUGUUGCACUUUUACUCGGUAACGCGGUAUUUGAAAGAUUUAUAGCUGCAGGAAGCGGGGCACUUACUUGCGGCGCGCAGUGGGGGCGUAUCUUCUUGGUGUAGUGUUUUCCGUCGACAUACGGCGUUGGUGAAUUAAUGAUUUGAAUCACAAUGAAAGCGCAUUUAACAUAACUGAGAGUAAGUGAAGUGUGAAGAAUAUCGUGUGGCAGUGUGUCGAGGAGUCUGCGUGUGGUCAGCGUUGCGAGAUGGCGGAGAACAGUUCGUUCGUGGCGAAACCGGCGCGGGGAUGGCUGCACCCGGACUCUGUCCUGGCCAGUGACGGCAUCACGUACGCGGUCCGAUAUAUUGGCUGCAUGGAGGUUCUGACAUCGAUGAAGAAAUUGGACUUUGAAACAAGAUCCCAAGUAGCUAAAGAAUGCAUUGCAAGAGUGUGUGCUGCGGCCGGUCUUCGGUCAGCGGACAAGAAACGUCGUGUUAGCCAGGCGGCGGCGAGCGCUCUCGCAGCCAAGCCUAGAAUGGCUCACUCAGGCUCCAACGUAGCACUGACUGUUUCCUCACGAGCUAUCACAUUAGCCGCUUUAGAGGGCGGAGAAACAGUGGCAAGGCAUGACAUGCCACGAGUGUCAUUCGCAUCUGGCGGUGAUGCAGAUUCCUUAGACUUCGUAGCAUAUGUGGCCAAAUCCGCGCCACCGGCUGAGUGGCGAGCGUGCUACGUCCUCGAAUGUGGAGGCAGACUGGCACAAGACGUCAUCGCCACUAUUGGUCAAGCCUUCGAGCUGCGGUUCAAAGAAUUUCUCACAAAACCUUCCUCUGUAAAUAUAAACGGGUCCCGCGCGCUGUGCGGCGGGGGUGGGGGCGGUGUGUCGGGCGCUGGUUUGGAGGAUCGCGAGUACUACAACGACAUGCCGGACAAGAUGCCGCCCGAGCCCGCACCGCACAAGCACCCGCCGCCGCCGCUGCACGCCCUCGCGCCCAUAUCCUCGUGCGAAGAGAGCGUGAGACACUACGUGAACCAGACACCACCGCCGCGGACACCCCCGACUGCGCUGCUGCCUAACCAUCACACAGACAUCUUCGAUAUGCAGCCGUUCACAGCGACGCCGGUGACGUCAUCGUCGGCCGCGUCGUCGUCAACGGCAUCAGCGUCAUCGCCGGCCGAGGCGGAGCCCCUCUCAGCUAAAGCUCAGGCUGCCCUUUUGGCGCGCGAGCCCUGGUUCCACGGGCCUAUCUCUAGAACGACGGCUGAGAAGUUGGUGGCAGAGGACGGAGAGUUCCUGGUGCGGGAGUCAGCUGCCUGCCCCGGGCAGUUCGUGCUGACGGGCGCUCGUCGCGGCGUGCACAAACAUCUACUGCUCGUCGACCCUAAUGGAGUGGUCCGAACCAAAGACCGCGUGUUCGAGAGCGUGCCGCACCUCAUCAAGUACCACUGCACCAACGAGCUGCCCAUAGUGUCCGCGGACUCGGCGCUGCUGCUACGCAAGCCCGUGCUGCGCGCCGGCGCCUCCUGAGACGCAGCGCCGCGCCGCCGCACGCUGCCCACGUAGGCACGGACUGAUUGAUUCGUUUACCAAGGCCAUGGUGCCGGUACGGGCAACCACAGAAAUAAUUUAACGGGACUGAAACUAGCGCUAUCUCUUUCUUGCACUUGUAAUUGAAGGACGGCACUAGUUUAAGAGCUGUCAAACUAAUACUAAGUUUGUGUCCGCCAGAUUAGGCACCAAUAAGCAUAUAAAGAAGUCUGGAAGUCUUUAAAUCUUCGCGGGAUUGGCGAGAACGCCUAGUGUUGUAAUAGUCAUGGUAUACGAAAAACAGGUAUGCUCAACAGUGACAGCUCGAUGGCGACUUGUCAUAGGAUUGAGCAUACCUAGUUUUCUUAUACCAUGGAAAUAGAGUCCACAUGUAACUCGUUAUAUGGGAAAAAUAUUUAUGCACGCACUCACAUACUUUAGUAUUAACUGCACUGCUUUUCUUCGCAUGACUUUCAUAGUUACAUCAUGGUGUCAAACAUCUUUGUAUACUUACCCAUUGCCCAAAUAGCGUUGUGGACAAGAAGUGUAUGGUCACGAGUAUUAAUAUGUAUACACUUUGAUACCAUGUCACAUUAACUUUUUUGACAAAUUAAACCGCAAGUCUCAUUAAAUGUCAAAUAUGAUAGUGCGACAGGGUUUGUAAGUGGAUACAUGAUAUUGCUCAUGACUGUACGCAGUGCGCGAUUGGCCUGGCAACUAAACUAAAUAAAAUGCUGUAAAAUUUAAAUGCUAAAACAUUGUACUGUAGAAAACUGCAGGCCUAUAAUAAAAAGUUAGUCGCUUUUGUUGCAAAUGACUCUUUGUUCUUAAAUAAAUUAAAUUGACCAUUGUGUUAGCUAAGUUAGUGACAAGUUUUCGGCGUGUUUUUUUUGUAUGACACUGUAUCUAUAUCUACGGUAGUAGUAGACCAAUGACCAACCAGUUAUAUUUUUAUUAACCUACCCAGUGAAAAAGUGCUUGUGAAUGUUGCCAGGCUGUAUAAAUACAUAUAAAUAAUUGGUAGUUUUAUGAAUGCUAACAUUUAUUUAAUUUUGCAGUUUGCAAUUGCAGUCCGUAGCCUCAUUAUGGACACUUAUUUUUUGUGGCAGUAUUGUAUGAGACUAAUUAACGUUGCAUCACCUUACUCAAACCGUAUGAUUGCAAAAAUAGUAGGUACUCAUAGGACUUGAACUGUCUUUCUGAAUGUUGAUGAAAAAGCAAUCCACUUAUUUACCUACAUCCAUGUCGAUUUAUCGAUUGAUUCAGCAAAUCUUGUAUGGCCUAUAUUUUAGUGUUACAAUAUAUAAUAAUGCUAUUAUGCCCCCUUUAAACGUAGGACGUAAAAUAUAGACAAUAUGCACAAUGUAAUUGACUGUAAUAUUAUAAUAUUGAAUUUAAUUAUGUAUAGUUAUUCAAGCACUUACUUUUGUAUCAGUGUUGCAAUCUUCUAGAAUAAUAAAGGUAUGUGAUUAAAAGGUGCACCCAAGUUUAAAAUAAAGCCUUGUGGCCUCGUGUGACAUUGUUUAUUUACACUCGUAAAUGUAUUCCAUAAUAAAUUUGCAUAUUAUAUUUUGCAUUUAUUCAAUUCCAGAUCUAUUUUUUGUAUCUUUAUAAAGAUUUAAAUUGAUUAUCUAACCAAAGGCUUGCGUUAUCGACGACCGUGAAUACGAAAUGUGAUUUGAAGUCUUAGUAAUACUAGUCUUCACCAAAUGUAUAUUAUAGCGUGAAGGCAUCUUAGUAUUUACUGUAUAACUUAAGGAUUAUUUAUAAGAUCGUAUAUUGCUGUGCAAUUUUCAACGCCAAACUAUAAAAUAAAUAUUGAAAUAUUUCAUUCCAAAAGAUCUUGCUAGAGUAAUUUACCAGCCGCUCUCUAUUCCGUACGGUUUAGUAUACUAGGUAACUGAAAUAAACGCAACACAUAGGUGCUAAAGGCUUACUUAAAUGUGAAAAUAGGUAGUUUUAAUUUGUAAAUAAACCACCACAAACUCUAUCGUAUGUAAGAUUUAUCGACUUUAUUUUUAAGACUGUUUUGUAGACUCAAAUAUAAAUAAUAACAAUUUUAGACUCACUUUAGUUAAUUUGAACCUAAUUGUGUCAUUUUCAGUGCUUUAAGUCUUCCCCAAUAGUGUUAAUUCUCGUAUUAUGUUCAAUGCAUGGUUAUAUUUUAUUGUAAGCACAAACGUAAAUGUUGAAAAUCUUGAAAUAUUGGACAUAUAGUUUAUUCAUAUAUAUAAAUGUUACGAUAUUAUGUAGUAAUCGUGCAUACGUGAUUUUAUUAAUAAAUUAUAUUUGAAAAA